AUGCCUAACAUUCCAACCGAGCAGUGGGCUCAAGUCAUCGAGAAGGUCGGUGGACCAGUCGAGUACAAGAAGAUCCCAGUCGCAAAGCCAGGCCCUGGUGAGGUCCUCGUCAACAUCAAGUACUCUGGUGUCUGCCACACCGAUCUCCACGCCGUCAACGGUGACUGGCCCAUCCCGACCAAGCUACCACUUGUUGGUGGUCACGAAGGUGCCGGUAUCGUCGUUGCCCGAGGUGACGAUGUCACCGACGACGUCUGCAAGAUUGGUGAGGCUGUCGGUGUCAAGUGGUUGAACGACUCCUGCUUGUCUUGCACUUUCUGCCAGCAGGCUGACGAGCCUCUGUGCUUGACUCCUAAGCUCUCUGGUUACACUGUCGAUGGAUCCUUUCAACAGUAUGCCAUCGCGUCGGCUAAGCACGUUGCACACAUUCCAGACGGAGUACCUCUAGAUGAAGUAUCCCCAGUCCUCUGUGCCGGUAUCACUGUCUACAAGGGUCUGAAAGAGUCUGGAGUACGACCAGGUCAAUCCGUUGCCAUCGUCGGUGCGGGUGGUGGUCUUGGUUCCCUUGCCCAGCAAUACGCCAAGGCUAUGGGCUUGAAGGUCAUUGCCAUCGACUCCGGCGAGGAGAAGAAGAGCAUGUCCGAGAAGAUGGGCUGCGAUGCUUUCAUCGACUUCGCCAAGUCCAGCGACAUCACCAAGGACGUCCGAGCCGCCACUAAUGAUGGUCUCGGCCCACACGCCGUCAUCUUGGUCGCCGUCAACGAGAAGCCAUUCCAGCAAGCUGCCGAGUACGUCCGACCAAGAGGUACCGUCAUUGUCAUCGGUCUCCCAGCCAAUGCAUACAUCCGUGCACCAGUCUUCGAGUCCGUGCUCAAGAUGGUUAGGAUCCAGGCCUCAUACGUCGGUAACCGACAAGACUCUGCUGAAGCACUCGACUUCUUCGCACGAGGCCUCAUCCACGCUCCGUUCAAGACAGUUGACCUUAAGGAUCUUCCAGAUGUUUACGAGAAGAUGCACAAGGGACAGAUCGCAGGACGAUAUGUGCUCAAGAUGCCAGACCCAGAAUAG